AUGGCUAACAUUUGGCUUCUCUCACUUCUCUUCCUCAUAUGUAUUCUUAUCGCUGCCUUCAAACACAAGAACCGACGGGGGCGUCAAGGGAACCCACCGUCUCCUCCUGGCUAUCCGAUCAUCGGAAAUUUGCAUCAGCUCGGCGACCUACCACAUCAGGCACUUUGUAGACUCUCCAAAAAGUAUGGUCCAGUGAUGCUUUUGAAGCUUGGUUCAGUCCCAACGGUCGUCGUUUCUUCCUCUGAAACAGCAAAACAAGUUCUGAAAAUACAUGACCUCCAUUGUUGUAGCCGUCCUCCAUUGGCAGGACCAAAAGAGCUUUCUUACAAUUAUCUGGACAUCAUUUUCUCUCCUUAUGGUGAUUACUGGAAAGAAUUAAGGAGGUUGUGUUUGCAAGAACUCUUCAGUGCUAAACGAGUCCACUCGAUUCAACCCAUCAAAGACGAGGAAGUCAAGAAACUGAUUGAUUUAGUCGCGGAAUCAGCUUCUCAGAAAAAUCCAGUUAACUUGAGCGAGAAGUUUCUUACUUUGACGGUAAGCGUGAUAUGCAAGGCGGCUUUUGGUUUCAGUUUCCAUGGAACCGUUCUCAACAAUGCCGGAUUCGACAAGUUAAUCCGCGAGGCAUUUGUGUUUCUAGGGAGCUUCUCUGCCUCAGAUUUCUUCCCAAAUGGCGGCUGGAUCAUCGACCGGCUCACAGGUUUACAAGCGCGGAGAGAGAGAAGCGUGAGAGAUCUUGAUGCAUUCUAUGAGCAAAUGAUUGAUCUGCAUAAACAAGGAAACAAAGAAGGAGUUGAAGAUUUUGUGGACUUGCUCUUGAAGUUGGAGAAAGAAGAAUCUGUUCUUGGAUAUGGCAAGCUCACCAGAAACCAUAUCAAAGCAAUCUUGAUGAACGUUCUUCUUGGAGGCAUCAAUACUUCUGCAAUAUCAAUGACAUGGGCAAUGGCAGAACUGAUGAGAAACCCUAGAGCGAUGAAGAAAGUACAAUCCGAAAUCAGAAACAAAAUCGGGAACAAACCAAUGAUCAGCUUGGAAGACAUGGAGCAGCUACAUUACCUGAAAAUGGUGAUCAAAGAAACAUGGAGAAUACAUCCUCCAGCUCCUCUUUUAAUCCCAAGAGAAGUUAGGUCGGAAUUUGAGGUCAACGGCUACACAAUCAAACCCAAGACAGUGGUUUAUGUGAAUACCUGGGCCAUCGGGCGUGAUCCCGAUACCUGGAAAGACCCCGAAGUGUUUCUCCCGGAGAGGUUUAUGGAUAAUGACAUUGAUGCAAAAGGACAGAACUUUGAGCUGUUAACCUUUGGAAGUGGCAGGAGAGUGUGUCCUGGAAUGUACAUGGGGACAACAAUGGUGGAGUUUGGUCUUGCGAAUAUGUUGUAUCACUUUGACUGGAAGUUACCAGAAGGCAUGAAGGUCGAAGAUAUCGACAUGCAAGAAGCUGCUGGACUCGCUGUGGGCAAAAAGAUCGAUCUUCUACUUGUUCCUGUGAAAUAUUGA